CCAGGGCCGUCAGAAAGUAUCGAAGAGGAGGCGGAGGAAGAGGAAGGGAAAGGAAGGCGAGAAGAACAACAAGCUUCAGUCGAUCGUUUCUGCUCGACGAGGCGGCGGCGGCGGACGAGUGCUCUCUGCCGGCUAGACACGACCAGGAAGCGACCCCUGUUGGACUUCUGCUACCGCCACCGCUGCCUGGCACCAGGAUGUAAAGAUUAGGAAGUUUUGACCCCACUUUGACAUCUUUGUGGACGAACCGGACGAGCGUACGAGCCUCGAUGGAGCGGCGGUGGGUGUGGCCGGUCCUGGUCACCUUGGCAACGGCGUUCCUCGGCGGCUCCUGCAGAAAAAUCCCAGAGUUUUCCUCCGACACGCCGAUCAACAACGUGGCCCAAGACCCUCGCUCGGGGCGGCUGUACGUGGGCGCCGUCAACGCCCUUUACCAGCUGACCCCUGACCUGGUGGCCGAGGCCCGCGUCGAGACGGGGCCGCGGCGGGACAACCGGCAGUGCACGCCGCCCAUCACGGAGGCGUGCGAGGACGCGGUGGACACGGACAACCACAACAAGCUGCUCCUGGUCCACGCGGCCAAGGACACGCUGGUGGUGUGCGGCAGCAUCUUCAGGGGCAUCUGCUCGCUGAGGAACCUCAGCGACGUGGACCACGUCAUCUACUUCAGCGACAGCAAGGGCGAGAAGUCGUACGUGGUGAGCACCGAGGAGAGCGUCUCGGUGGUGGGGGUCAUGUCCUACUUCACCAAGGACAGGGACAACUUCACCGUCUUCCUGGUAGCCAAAGGCUACGGCAGCCAUGACAGCACCAAGCUCAUCUCCACGCGCAUCCUCCGCGACUACGGCGAGUGGAACAUCUUCGAGAACAUCAUCGACGCGUCCGCCGUGCAGGCCAACCCCUUCGUGCUGAAAUACCUCCACGACUUCCGAUUUGCCUUCAAGGACGGCGGCUUUGUCUACUUCCUGUUCUCGCGCACGCUGGGAAUGCAGGACACCAAGAACUUCACCUUCAUCUCCAGGAUGUGCGAGGACGACCAGAGCUACUACUCCUACACCGAGCUGCAGCUCAACUGUAGCGCCUCAAACAAGCACAACAAAGUUCAGGCCGCCUACGUCACAACACCAGGGGAGGUUCUGGCUCAGCAUCUGAGCGGAUCGGGCCAGUAUGGAUCAGUCUUGGCUUCCGACAAGGUUCUGUUUGUCACCUUCACUUCGGACGAGGACCCGUCCACGUCAGCCAUGUGUAUGUACCCUCUGCGCGCCAUCAAUACGAGACUGCUGGCCAUAAUUGGCGCCUGCUACAGCCACGGCGGCGUCAUUGAUGACAGGCCGUCCGUGUACUCGCCGUACUCCACCAAGUCGGGGGGGCUGUGCAGCAGCAACAACCAGCAAAACAUGGUGCUGAAGUACAAGUGUGGAGCCGAGUUCCUGCCCUCGCCGCUGGCCAGCAAAGCGAACGUCGCUCUGGUCGCCGAGCCCUCGCUGGUUCGUAAGGGUCACAUGACCGCCGUGGCCGUGGCCGUGGAAAUGGGACACGCCGUGGCCUUCCUGGGCACCGCCAAAGGAGAGGUGCUGAAGCUGCACCUCUCCGCCCACCCAGAGGUUUACGGGCGGGCUUCGGGCGAGAUGAGCAGCGACAAGGUCAACAAGGAUCUGUUUCUGGAUUCCCAGCUGCAGCACGUGUACGUCACCACUGAGAAGAAGAUCACUAAGGUUCCAGUCCAGUCCUGUCACCUGAAGACAGACUGCCAGUCCUGCAUGGCCCUGAAGGACCCGUACUGCGGCUGGUGUGUGCUGGAGGGAAGGUGCACCAGGAAGCAGGAGUGCAGCAGGUGGACGGAGGACAACACCUGGCUGUGGUCGCCCAAUCAGCAGUGCGUGGAAAUCCAGGCUUUCGACCCUCCGAACAUCAGCUGCCAGAAGACACAGCAGGUGGACAUCAGCAUUCCCAUCCUGCCCAGACUCCGACAGUCGGACAAGCUCCGCUGCCUUUUCGGCUCUUUCCCCAGCGGAGCCGUGGUGACUGGCAGCCAGGCGGUGGUCACCUGCUCCUUGCCAGACCUCGUGGAUGUCCCGCCCACUCCCGACCAACAAGACUUUGUGUCGGUCCCCGUCCAAAUCGUGGUGAACGACAGGAUCGUGGUGACGUCUGGAGAAUAUCAUUUCUAUAACUGUGCCGCCACGGUCAGGAAGAACCCGAACACACCGUGUAUUUCCUGCGUGACCAGUGAAUGGGGCUGUCAGUGGAACGCUCGGGAGCACCGAUGCAGCGACGCCGACGACGCUGCGGACGGAAGUCACGUCAUCAAACCUCAGCAGCCGGACCGCUGUCCUCAGUUUGAGUCUCCGGAGCCGCUGCUGAUCCCUGUGGGCUUUGAGGUGCCCAUCAGCUUCCACGGACGAAACCUGGACAUCUACACGGGCCGGAGGUUUGGGAUAGGGACGGAGUUGAUGAAGCAGUUGGAGGAGGAGGUCACGCAGGAGCAGCGGUCAAAGUUUAAAUUCAAAGGACAUGAGUUUUCCUACUCCAAGCAGCAGGAGGUGAACAUUUCCUUCCACGUGACCGAGCGUGACACUGAGCGCAAGAUUGACAGCACCCUGACAGUGCUGGUGUACAACUGCUCGGUGGGGAGGGAGGACUGCAGCCUGUGCAAACAUGCCGAUGCCAAGUACCAGUGCGUGUGGUGCGCCGCCUCACAGGCCUGCGUGUAUCGACGACUGUGCUCCACGCCGCAGCCGGAGCUUUGCCCCGCCCCCAAGAUCACUGAUAUCAUCCCGCGCUUCGGCCCGCUCAACGGCCGCAUCUCCGUGACCAUCAGAGGCUCCAACAUGGGCAUCAAGAAGGAAGACAUUAAGAGGAUCCGUGUGGCGGGUGUGGAGUGUGACCACCAGCAGGACCAGUACUCCGUCUCCACAAGUGUGGUGUGUGAGAUCGGCCCCGCUAAGCGAACGCCGCCCUCUGACCUCCCAUUGGAGCCAACCAACAGCGGCGUGGUGGAAGUGGAGGUGGAGGGGGGGCGAAGCGGAAGCUCCACGGUGCUUUUUACCUAUCGGGACCCCAAACCUGAGAGCGUGCACCCGGGGAAGGGUCCCGCCGCCGGGGGAACCGUCAUCACCAUCAGCGGCGAGGACCUGGACACGGCCACCAAAGAGGACGUGACGGUGGCAGUGGGCGGAGUUCCCUGUGAAGUGCUCUCCUUCGGCCAGCAGAUUACCUGUGAGACGGACCGGUAUCGGGGGCAGAAGGUUCCCUCGGACCUGCUGACGGUGAAGGUCAACUACGGGAAAAACACCAGCAAGGAGGUGGCUGCUGCCUUCCAGUACGCAGAGAACCCGAAGAUCUCGGAUUACUCCCCGAAGUCCAGCUUUGUGUGCGGCGGGCGGAGGAUUGUGGUGACGGGAAGCAGUUUUGACCUGAUCCAGAGGGCCGCCGUGAAGGUGGUGCCCGUCUUUGACGACUUCUCAACAGACGUGUCGCCUGUGGAGUUUGUGCAGGAGGCCCUGAGCAAGAACGACACCGUGCUGCAGUUCUCCUCGCCGGCGGCCAACUGGAGCGACAGCCGCUCCCUGCGUACCUUCCUGCACCUGGACAACGUCGUGGAGGAGCUGAGGGCCUUCGCGUACCACCCCGACCCCACCUUCAAACCUCUGUCCAAGAACGUGAUCACAGAGACCAGCGUCAUCAUCGUCACUGGGCGUGGCUUCUCCAAGGCCAUGACGGCCAAGGAGGCGCAGGCUUUUGUUGGAGACGCUUCCUGUCAUGUUAGCAUACUUCAGGAUGACAAGUUGAUCCUGGAUGCACCGUUGUCUCCGCCCCGAGCUCGAUCCAAACGCCAGCGCAGAGACGCCAGCCAAGAGCCGCUGGAGCUCGUGGUGAAGUUUGGCCACGGAGAGUGGGUGGUUGGUUCCGUGUACUACGCCGGGAAGGACGACAUCCCUCUCGCCAUCAUCAUCCCGGCCGUGGUAGUACCCAUGCUGCUGUUCAUCGCCGUGUCGGUGUACUGCUACAGGAGAAAGAGUCGUCAGGCUGAGCGCGAGUACGAGAAGGUGAAACAUCAGCUGGAGAACCUGGAGGAGAGCGUGAGGGAUCGCUGCAAGAAGGAGUUCACGGACCUGAUGAUCGAGAUGGAGGACCACACCAGCGACCUGAGCGAAGCACGCAUCCCCUUCCUGGACUACAAAACCUACACCGACCGGAACUUCUUCCUGCCGUCGAAGGACGGCGUGAACGACGCCAUGAUCACAGGCCGGAUCCAGGUCCCGGAGUCCCGCCGGGCCAUCGUGGCUCAGGCCCUCAACCAGUUUUCCAACCUGCUCAACAGCAAGACCUUCCUCAUCAACUUCAUCCACACGCUGGAGAGCCGGCCCGACUUCAACGCGCGCGCCCGCGGUUAUUUCGCCUCGCUGUUGACGGUGGCGCUGCACGGCAAGCUGGAGUACUACACCGACAUCACCAGGACGCUGCUGCUGGAGCUCAUGGACGAGCACGUCACCAACAAGAACCCCAAGCUCAUGCUCAGGAGGUCGGAGACUGUCGUGGAGAGGAUGUUGUGUAACUGGAUGUCCAUCUGCCUCUACCAGUUCCUCAGGGACAGCGCCGGGGAGCCGCUCUACAAACUCUUCAAGGCGCUGAAGCAUCAGGUGGAGAAAGGUCCAGUGGACGCCAAAGUGAAGAAGGCCAAAUACACGCUCAACGACACGGGACUGCUGGGAGACGAUGUGGAAUAUCGCGUCCUGACCCUGCAGGUGUUGGUGCACGGGGAGGGGCCGGAUGUGACCCCCGUCAAGGUGCUCAACUGUGACACCAUCUCCCAGGUGAAGGAGAAGAUCAUUGAUCAGGUCUACAGGAAUCUGCCCUACUCGCACAGACCGAAGGUGGAGAGCGUGGCGCUCGAAUGGCGUCCCGGCUCCACGGGUCAGAUUCUGUCCGACGUGGACCUGACGUCGCAGAAAGAAGGACGCUGGAAGCGACUCAACACUUUGGCGCAUUACAACGUGCGGGACAACGCCACGCUGGUUCUGUCCAAAGUGUUGCACUCGCAGUCCUUCCAUCAGCACCAGGACAGCUAUGAAGAGCGUAACGCCCUGCUGGAGGACGACAACACCUUCCACCUGGUGAGACCAGCAGACGAGCUGGAUGAGGUCAAGUCCAAACGAGGCAGCAUGAAGGACAAGUCCAUGACCAAAGCCAUCACAGAGAUCUACCUGACCAGGCUGCUGUCUGUCAAGGGGACACUGCAGCAGUUUGUGGACGACUUCUUCCGCAGCGUGCUGUGCUCGAGCGCCACCGUCCCCCCCGCCGUCAAAUACUUUUUCGACUUUUUGGACGAGCAGGCGCUGAAACACGACAACGUGGACGAGGAGACGCUGCACAUCUGGAAGACAAAUAGUUUGCCACUUCGCUUUUGGGUGAACAUCCUGAGGAACCCUCAUUUCAUCUUCGACGUGCACGUGACGGAGGUGGUGGACGCGUCCCUGCACGUCAUCGCUCAGACCUUCAUGGACGCCUGCACCAAGACCGAGCACAAACUCAGCCGGGAGUCCCCCAGCAACAAGCUGCUCUACGCUAAGGAGAUCUCCACCUACAAGAAGAUGGUGGACGAUUACUACAAAGGUAUCAGACAGAUGGUUCCUGUCAGUGACCAGGAUAUGAACACUCACCUGGCUGAGGUGUCCAGGCAACACACGGACAAGUUGAGCAGUCAGCUGGCGUUGCACCAACUCUACCAGUACGCCAGCAAGUACUACGAUGCCAUCAUCCAGUCUCUGGACCAAGACCCGGCCGCCCAGAGCAAGCAGCUGACGCUCCGCCUCCAGCAGAUCGCUGCCGCCCUGGAGAACAAAGUCACCGACCUUUGACCUGACGGGAGUUGGGCGGGAGUCAGAUGAGAGUCAGAAGGGAGGCGUGGCUUCAGCCAACGACGGAAGCCAUUUUGGAUUACCAUGCUGGACGAGAGGCGAGUUACCUUUUUGACCUGCGGUACGGAGAUCAGACCAAUGGGGGGGGGGGGGGCGCUUUAUGGACCACCACUAAGGUUGCUUUUAUUUUCUUAGCAGUGCAACGUGCACGAGGCCUUCAGAGUAAAAGUCAGCCAAAUGAAGGAAGAUGUCAGCUGUUAUGAAAUCAUACUUUUGUCUUUUAAUACGCUGACAAAGACCACUUCACGUGCACUAUGUGCUCCUUCGCUUCACGUGCACUAUGUGCUCCUUUUCUAACCCUGUGUGGUACCUUUUUUUUUUUUUAAACUAUAUUGAAAUGUGAAGCUUUAUUUUUUUCACUUGUUAUAUAUGCAACAUUAUAGAAAAUGGAUGGAUAUCAGAUAUAUUGUAUAUGGAUGGAUGAAUGAUAUCAGAUAUAAUGUAUAUGAAUGGAUGGGUAUCAGAUAUAAUGUAGUGUACACGUACCACGUUUAUGCAUACAAAGGCCUUCAGAAGGUCCACUUUGUUUUGCGUCGAAUGAGAUGUUUGCGCCACGGAGUGCCUCGCAGAAGCUAAAGCUUAGCACCACUGGGGUCAUGUGACCUGGGUCAUGUGAUCAGCUCUUGAACGUGCUGGAAAGUUGUUUGUGUACGUUUUCAAAGAAUGUGAAGAAGCAGCGGUACGUUCUAGAAGGAUCUUCUUGUGGAUGGCUGGACUUUGGACGCAGCUGCACUUGGACUGUCCCAAAUAGAAAUGUCCCAUUAAACACGUUUACACUAAAAAAAAAAAAGUGAAGGUGG